AUGAUCACUAAUGCACAAGUCAUUGCUAUCAAGCUGAUCAAUGUCCACACCAACAGAACAGACCAGAUCAAGUGUAUGACCUUUAAUAGAGUGAAGUGUGUGUGUGUCAUUGUUCUCUACAGUUUGAGGAAUUGUUAUUUCACAAAUGAAGGUUGUGUAGCUCUGACUUCAGCUCUGACAUCAAACCCAUCACACCUGAAACAUCUGAAUCUGGCUCUGAAUGAUCUUGGAGAUUCAGGAGUAAAGCUGCUCUCUGAUGUAUUGAAGAAUUCUCACUGUAAACUUGAGAUACUGUGGUUGAGCUGGUGUAAUAUCACAGAUGACGGUUGUGUUGCUCUGACUUCAGCUCUGAGAUCAAACCCAUCACACCUAAAAAAUCUGCAUCUGUCUCAUAAUAAUCUUGGUGACUCAGGAGUGAAGCUGAUCUCUGAUGUACUGAAGAAUCCUGACUGUAAACUGGAGAUAUUAUGGUUGUGGAAGUGUAAUAUCACAGAUGAAGGUUGUGUUGCUCUGACUUCAGCUCUGAGAUUAAACCCAUCACAUCUGACUGAACUGAAUCUGAAAGAGAAUAAUCUGGGAGAUUUAGGAUUGAAGAUGAUCUAUGAUCUGAAGGAUGAUCCACAAAAUCAACUGAAGACACUACACUUUAAGAUGCCCAUCUGAUGUUCUGUUAGUGGAGAAAAGGAGGAACAGAAACAUCAGUCAACACCAUGGACAGAGACUUGAAGAUACACACAGACUUGAAGAUAAUCACACAGUUUGUGACCAUGCUGUAUUAUUUUUUGCUACUUUAAUUGUUUUGUAGAUUCACUUCAAGUGAAGAUUGAAUCAGAUUAUGACAGUGGCCUAAUAUCUUAUAAAUGUGACAUUAUGUCUGAUUCUUUAAGACAGUGUUUCUCACAUGUUUUAAUUUCCCUUAUGUGUCAAGGAGGGAACAGCAGUGGGGUUUGUGAGACUCUUUAAAAGUGCCAACGCUAAAUUAAAUAGAACUGUAAGAUUUACAGAAGUAUAUUUAAUGUUUAUGUAUGUGUUUAAUGUACAUUUCUGUUAAAUAAAUAGUUUUUUGGUGUUUAA